CUCGGACCAUUUUACAUACAAAAACGCAAAACCCAAAGCCAAAUCCAAAGCUACCUGACUCUCUCUCUCUCUCUCUCUCUCUCUCAAACUCCCCAAGUAGUACUUUCACAGACAGUAGUGAUGGCAGUGGCUUCAACAUCUCUAGCAUCCCAACUCUCCGCCCAGUUCUCCGGUCUCCGCCGCACUUCUCCAAAACUCGACCACUCCCUCUCCAAUUCUCAAUCCUUAUUCCAACAUGUUAACUCUCAUCUCCGCCUCACUUCCUCUCCUAAACCCCCACGUGGCGUCGUUGCCAUGGCUGGCUCCGGCAAGUUCUUUGUUGGUGGAAACUGGAAGUGCAAUGGGACGAAAGACUCAAUCACCAAACUCAUUUCUGAUUUGAACAGUGUGAAACUGGAAACUGAUGUUGAUGUUGUAGUGGCACCUCCCUUUGUUUACAUCGAUCAGGUGAAGAACACGCUAUCAGAUCGGAUUGAGAUAUCUGGUCAGAACUCUUGGGUUGGAAAAGGUGGUGCUUUCACAGGAGAAAUCAGUGUGGAACAAUUGAAAGAUAUUGGUGCCAAGUGGGUUAUUCUUGGUCAUUCAGAGCGGAGACAUGUUAUUGGUGAAGAUGAUCAGUUUAUAGGAAAGAAAGCUGCCUAUGCCUUGAGUGAGGGUCUUGGAGUAAUAGCUUGCAUUGGGGAGAAAUUAGAAGAAAGAGAAUCAGGGAAAACUUUUGAUGUAUGUUUUCAGCAAUUGAAGGCUUUUGCAGAUGCAGUAUCUAGUUGGGACAAUAUAGUUAUUGCUUAUGAGCCUGUUUGGGCAAUUGGGACUGGUAAAGUGGCAACACCAUUGCAAGCACAGGAAGUACAUGUAGCUAUUCGUGACUGGCUAAAAAAGAACGUCUCAGCAGAAGUUGCAUCUAAGACACGAAUUAUUUAUGGAGGGUCUGUAAAUGGAGGCAAUUGUGCUGAGCUUGCAAAGCAAGAAGAUAUUGAUGGUUUUCUUGUUGGUGGUGCAUCCUUAAAGGGUCCUGAAUUUGCUACCAUUGUUAAUUCGGUGACAUCCAAGAAAGUUGCUGCUUGAUUUGGUGGUUUUGGCAAAAAGAGCAAAUAAAUGGUGAAGAAAAGCUGUUUCAGUUUGAAGCAUAGUAUAAUAAAACUAUGUGCCAUGUGCCAGUUUUCUUGGAUGGGUUUUUGAUCAUUAUCCCGUUUUUCUUCCCUUAAAGCUAGAAGAAUCUCUUUUAUAUGUUUUCUGUGGGCUACCUCUCUUCUGGGAAUAACAAGAGGUAUACAAAUCAUGUUUUAAUAGCAUAAACAAUUUAUGAAUGAGUGGCAUCUUUUUCAAGAA